AUGAUUAGUGUUAAAGAUGAUCAAGUCAGUGUUCCAGUUGGGCCAUUAUUAGCAUCAAGCCGUUUUGUCAAAGUCCAAAGCUUUACCAGUGAUAGUAAAAAAAAUCCAUUUUUCCUUACCCAAUUAAAUGGAGCCAUCUCUGUUUUAUCAAGCAUUAAACCAAGAAAUCAGUUGUUUCAACUUACUGGAGAUGGUCACAUUCUUUCUCAAAUUGGUAAUAAGGUAUUAGAUCUCGAUGGUAACAACAAUGUUAUUCUUAACAAAUGGAAUUCAUCAACCAGCAGCAGCAAUCUUCAAAUCUGGGUUUUUCAAAAUAAUUAUAUCAUCAACAAAAACAAAAAUCUUUACUUGGACAUUAAUAAUGAUAGUAGUUUAAGUGUUAAGAGUAAAAACUCAAGUUCUCAAACUCAACAAUGGUAUUUUGGACCAACCUUCCCACUUGUUCCAAUUCUUCAAGAAAAACCACUACCUUUCCCAGCAUUCACAGGAGAUCAAGAAAAUGCCUAUGUAUGGAUUAGUGAACAAGUUGGCAAUUGUAAAUCGCUUAGAACUCAUUAUUUUUAUGUAACACUUGUUCCAACCUAUGCAUCAGAAGUUAAAAAUUUACAAUACCCAACAGAUGGAGUUUACAAUGGAACAAAGCUUAAUUUCAGUUCAAGUGAUUUCAGUGCUGUUCAAACCCAAUUAAUUACCGAAUUGAAUAGAGCAACAAGUAUUAUCAAUUUAUUUGAAUACUAUAACAAAUUCCACCAAAGUUUAUUCUCUCAAACUCAAGCUCUUUUAAGUAAAAUUGAAACUGCCGCUGGUUUAGAGUCUGGGUCAACUACUGAAUUUGCUACAGGUUGGAUUAUCACUUUAUUUACUGGUUUGGUAUGUACUAUUAUCGACAUUGUCCCAGAAGUUGGCCCACCAAUCGCUAAUUUAAUUCAAACUGGGGUUGAUGUUACUGUAGAAGUUGUCGAUGCCUACAAACAAAAUGUAUUCAAUGCUGAUCCAUUUCAAGUUGCAUUAUAUGGUUUAUGGGAUUUAUUAAUUAAUAAUUUUAAUAUCUUAUCAAAAACUAUGGAAGGAAUGUUAAAAGAUAUUGUUAUGGAUUGGGGUAAGAUGACUAAAGUUUACCAAUGUAUGCAACUUCCACCAGGUCCAGCUUCACUCUGUUGGACUGCCACCACAAACUCUGAAUCACUUCCACCUGCUUUACAAGCCAAUGGGGUCUCAUUAUGUCAAAUGUUAUUACCAUCUAAAUACCAAAUUUAUGUAAUCACAUCAAACGGUGAUAAACCAUCAGCUAAAAUCCCAAGUUUCUGCAAAUGGAAGAGCAACGAUCUUAUCUAUUACAUUGCUGCCAACGAUAGUUAUACAACAUUCCCAACUUCUGAACUUAUGAACAACGAAAUAUGGAGCCAAAAUGUAACCUUUGAAGAUUUCUUUACCUCUAAAUUUGGCUGGAAUUUCCCAAUCGCUUAUGUUGGUAGCAAAGGAUUCGUAACUCCAACUUUCUCCAAUAACUCUAGUAUUCCAAUGAAAGUUAAUAUUCAAUUUAAUUCAAAAACUACCAGUUACGAAUUACACACCUAUUCAUCAUUCACCUAUAUCUAUGAUGAUGAUUCCCAACCAGAACUAGACGAUAACUUUACUGUAACCAUUAACGAUCUCAAUGGAAACCAAAUAACAACCUUUAAAAUCGCUUAUGAUUCCAAUGGUAUUAAUUUCAAAAAUGAUGUUACUGCUCCUGGCUAUCAAUUAGGUACUCCAAUCAUCAAUGGUGAUGGUAGUGAUUAUUCAUCUUCAAUCAAUGUUCCAAUUAAUGCAAUUCCAGUUCCACUUUCAUUAAAAAAGAAAACAAUUAAAAAAUAA